AUCAGCAGUUGCAAUUGAUUCAGCAAUCACAGCAAAUCCCCAAAAACCAAACCGCCAAAAAUGUUCAAAUUCGUCGCCUUCUUCGCUUGCCUGGCCGUGGCCGCCGCUGCUCCCGGUCUGAUUGCCGAGACCCACUCGAUAGUCCAGCCCGCCAUUCUGGCCAAGACCGCCUACGUGGACACCAGCGCCUCCUCGGCCAUCACCCACCAGAGCAACGUGAACCUGGUGCGCAAGGUGCCGGUGGUCUACUCCGCCCCAGUGGUCCAUGCCGCCCCAGUGGUCCAUGCCGCUCCCCUGGUCAAGACUGUGAUCCCAGCUGCUCCCCUGGUCAAGACCGUCAUCCCAGCUGCUCCCCUGGUCCACACUGUUGUGCCCGCCGCUCCUCUGGUCAAGACUGUGAUCCCAGCUGCCCCUGUGGUCCACUCCGUCCAGCCUCUGGUCCACGCUGUCCACAGCGCCCCCGUGGUUUACUCCGCCUACCACAAGUAAAUCAAUUGAAAGCUUGCUGACAUGGUUAUCAAACAAUUGUUAAACGAAAAAAGCUACAACCAAUAAAAAAAAGGAUUGAAUUUAAAUCAUUGAAUCUUAGAUUUGAAAAA